AUGAGUGUGAGGGUCGUCGCGCGUAUACGCCCAUUAUUGCAAUCCGAAAACAAGAAGGAUGCCAUCGUUGAGGCCAUUGGCACAGAUGAAGCGAGCUCCGCGAGGCCCUCAAUCGUCAAGAUUCCGAACCCUAAGAACCUCUCAGAAGACUUCACCUUUCAAUUCAAUGGUGUAUAUGAUGAGCAGGCAAUGACGCCUACAGUGAAGCAUCUCUUUCUCGGUUUCGAUGUCACCAUCUUCGCAUACGGCUCAACAGGCACCGGAAAGACACAUACCAUGCGUGGAGGAAAGUCACUGGCCGAUCGAGGCAUGAUUCCAAGGCUGUUAAGUAGCAUCUACCGCCGUAGUCGGAAAAUGGAGAAGGAUAGUGGAGGGGACACAAAAGUCGACAUCUCGAUGAGCUAUUACGAGAUAUACAACGAUAGAGUAUACGAUUUGUUUGAGUCACCGGAGAAGCGUACCGCUACCGGCUUGCCACUACGAGAAUCAGGCGGCGGUAAGACGGUGGUAGUCGGUUUGUCUGAAAUGCCUUGCGGCAGUCUCAAAGAAUUUGAAUUACUAUACGACAAGGCAAACGCCAACCGAAGCACAAGCGCAACGAAGCUUAACGCACACUCCUCUCGUUCGCAUGCCAUUCUCUGUGUCAAGCUGACCGUCACAACCCCUACCGAAGUCCGGGUAAGUACAGCAUCAGCCAUCGACCUUGCUGGUUCGGAAGACAACCGGCGAACUGGAAACGACAAAGAACGGAUGGUCGAAUCAGCCAGCAUUAACAAGUCGUUGUUCGUCCUGGCGCAAUGCGUUGAAGCCAUCAGCAAGAAGCAACAGCGAAUACCAUACAGAGAAUCCAAGAUGACUCGCAUUCUGUCUCUAGGGCAAAAUAAUGGGUUUACCAUCAUGAUAUUGAAUCUCGCACCGGUCAAGUCCUAUCAUCUCGACACACUCAGUUCUCUCAAUUUCGCGAAUCGCACCAAGAAAAUCGAAGUGCGUGAGAUAGAGAAUGAACCUAUCUUCAAAGGCCCGCCUAGGCCGCCUCCAGGAACUACAGGACCGAACAUUCAACGCCAACCAUUGAGACCUCUAACGGCAGGCAUCAACAUGAACCUUGCUGCACAAAAGACAGAUACCAAGACGGGUGACAAACCAUCCAAAGCCUUCUCCGUGUACUCCGACCGAGCUAGAUCCCGAGCAUCUCAAAUAGCUCCUCCACGAAGCUCGCCCCUGAAGCGUGGUGCUGAGUCACUCGCAUCCACUCGUCCCACAAAGAUAGCAGCUCGUCCCACACCAACAUCUUUCCUUCGUCGUGCUCCUCCUCCAGAACCCACCCUCUCCAAAGCCACAAUCGAACAGCUAGUCGAGCAAAAAGUCUCCGCCAUCCUCGCCGCCCGAAGCAGCCAACCAAAGCCAUCUCAAUCACUGUCGAACAAUGCUUCCUCGCCCCUUCCCAAGCAGGCCUCCAAUGCAGCAGCUGCAGCUCCGGCCAUCAGCGAAGAAGUCCAACGGCGCCUCGCCUCCAUCGAGCAGCGGCUCGAGGGCCAAGAAGGCGCACGUGCCGAAGGGCUAUCUUUCUUGCUGAUGGCGAAGCAGCAUCAGGCUAGAGGCGAGCUGAAUAGUGCGCUGAAGAUGUACCAGUUGGCCCGGCCGUAUUUUCCGGGGAAUGAGAAGCUGGAGAGAAAAAUCGAGGUGUUGAAAGGGAAGGUUGAGGGGAGAAGGAGAGGUGAGGUUGGAAGGUCCGAGCGUGGUGGGGCCAGGGUGGGUGGAGAGCAGAAAGAAGAAGAUGGAGAGGGGGAUGAAUCGUACCACGACGACAACGAGGAUGCGGAGGGCCGCGGUGCGGAGGAUUCUGAUGCGGAUUCUGACGACGAGGAAGCCUUCCAUCCCCUCAGAACCAAGAAAAUUAAACCACCACCACAGCGCCAGAAGAGGUUACGGCUUUCCUCGCCUGAUCCACUGGCCACGGAUUUAGCACCCCCCACCCCUCGAACAAUUCAUCUUUUAUCCGUCAUCAAUACCCGCGAUAUCAACCAGAUUAAGAAACUCAAGGGCGUGGGGCCUAAGCGCGCAGAGGGGAUUGUGGAAUGCCUUGCUGAGUUGGGAAAGGGACAGGAUGGUGCGGAGGCAGUGACUAGCUUGGAGCAACUGAGUGGUUUGAGGGGAGUGGGAAGGAAGACGGUUGAGGGGAUGAGGGGUGGUAUAGAGGCUUGA